ACUUGCCUCACCUAUAUAUCUUCCAAGCAAGACUAGUGCAUAUACCUGAACCUUCUCAGCUUCUCUGCUACCUCAUGGUCAUACCCUCCCAUUAAUUCUUCAAUGCUGCGUAGUCCCUACUGAAAGAGGCGGCACCAAUCAGCAAUUCUUGCAGCUGCUCUCUUCCUUGUAGUAGGUGCUGCAUUAUGGGGAAGAGCCCAAGGCUUGCACAAAUGAUCUGGCCAAGAUCGGCGGCGAGAAGGGUGCUGGUGGAUCAUCAACAAUUCGUCUCCGAAUUCUCUGGCUUCGAGCUGGAGAAGAGCAGCAUGCUAGGUGAGCAGAGCGAGACCGUCAAGUACAGGGUGUUUACUGGUACAUGGAACGUUGGCGGCGUGGCGCCGCCGGAUGAUCUGAGCUUGGAGGAUUGGCUGGACACCAAGACCGACUCCUACGACAUCUAUGUUCUUGGGUUCCAGGAGAUGGUGCCACUGAACGCGAGGACCGUGCUUGGCCCGAAACAGAGACGGGCAGCCAUGAAGUGGCAGCUGCUCAUCGGUGACGCAUUGAACAGCACGAGGCAUGGAGAUGGAGCUGCAGCAAUGCACGAUCAAGGACGACAGGGCGGCGGCGUGUUCAGGUGCCUCGUGAGCAAGCAGAUGGUCGGCAUCUUCGUGUCCGUCUGGACGAGGACCAGCCUCCGCCGGCACGCCGUCCGCCACCCUGCCGUCUCCAGCGUCGGCGCCGGCGUCCUCGGCCGGCUCGGCAACAAGGGCGCGGUGUCCGUCCGGUUCUUGCUCCACGGCACGAGCUUCUGCUUCGUCUGCUGCCACCUCGCCUCAGGCGGCGAGGAGGGCGACGUGCUACGCCGGAACGCCGACGCGGCGGACAUCCUCACGAGGACCAGCUUCCUCAGCUCCGGCGGCGCGCCGGCAGCACCGGAUGAGCUCCCCAAGAAGAUUCUUGGCCAUGACCGCGUGGUGUUGUUCGGGGACCUCAACUACCGGAUCGCCAAGGACGACGACGAGGAAGCACGGCAGCUGGUGCGGGCCAGGAAAUGGAGCAUGCUGCUGGAGAACGACGAGCUGCUGCUGGAGCUCUCCAGUGGCCGUCAGUUCGACGGGUGGCACGAGGGCCGCGUCGCCUUCGCCCCGACCUACAAGUAUCGCCGCAACUCGGACCAGUUCUGCUGGUGCGCUGACGGUGGCGUCGCCACCGGCCGGCUGGACAAGCAGCAGCACCGCCACCGCCGCCGCGCGCCGGCAUGGUGUGACCGGAUCCUGUGGCGCGGGAAGGGGAUGAAGCAGGUCCGGUACGAGCGCUGCGGUGGCUACCGGCUCUCCGAUCACCGCCCGGUGAGGGCCGUAUUCCACGCCGUGUGUGAGCUAGUGGAAGGCGUGGAUGCUUAAGCUGCAGGCUUCUGUGCUCCGAUUAUUACAUUUAACAAACGAGACUGUAAAUUUCACAUACAAAGUGCAGAAAUUUAACAUAGAUUACUGAUUCAUGCGUA